UUACAUUUUUACCACAAAAAAAAAGUAUGUCUCUCUUACAAAAUUCAUUCUUGGAAGUGCCUUUAAAAAAUGCUUUGGCGUUAUACAAUAAAGAAGUCAUACCACGAUUAACGAAAAAGAAUAAGAUAAUCUCUAUCAGUGUCGCUGUUGCAUUAUCACUCAUUUAUCUGAUCAGAGAGAAAGUAUUAAAACCUCCAAAACAUCUACGUCAUAUCCCUUAUAUUAGCUACUUGGAUUCUGUAAAGGCUAUAUUGACAAGAGAAUCUGCAUGGGAUCGCUCGUAUAGAGUAUUUCUUCCCGAAAUCGAUCAAAAAAACCAUAGUAUUUUUUUGGAACAAGCAAGACUCGGAUGGAUAGUGCAUGUGGCGAAUCCAAAAGAUGCCAGACGUGUAUUUUUAAAAAUCGAUCAAUUCCCCAAACUCCAACCAAAAAUUGAGCAUAAAGACACCGUGAGCUCCAAGUUUCUUGGUGGUCCUAAUAUUCUUAUGCUAAACGGCCCAGAAUGGAAAAAACACAGAAUGGUAGCCAAUCCGGCCUUCCACCGUUCUUUACCUGUGAAAAUGUUUGGUAAAUUAACACAAGAUAUGAUUAAAGUGAUGGAUAAAAUGGAAGGAACUAUCAAUAUAUCAGAUUUGUUACAUCGCUGGACUUUAGAAGCUAUCGGAAAAGCUGGAUUUGAUUUCGAAUUUAAUGCCAUCAAAGAUCGAGAUAGUGAAUGGAUUAUUAGAUACAAUAAAAUCAAUCAAGGUCUUCGUGAUCCCAAAUUCUUUUUCUUUCCGCUUCUUGACUCAAAAUGGCGUUGGAUGUUUCCCGGACGUAACAAAAUUCACCAGGAAUUGGACAUUUUUUUAAAGAUGCUCGAUGAUGUUAUCGCUAAAAAGAAAGAAGCAAUCAAGCAUGGUUUACACAAUAAGGUGUUGGAUGAUAAUGAAAAGGAUUUACUUACCCUGAUGAUUGAAAGCGAGGAAUUAGGUGAAGGCGGAUUGAAUAACGAAGAGCUCAAAAGUACAUUGUGUAUAUUUUUUUUGGCUGGUCAUGAUACUACAGCAGGUGCAUUGUCAUUUGCCGUUCAUUAUUUAGCUCAAAAUCAGGAUAUUCAACAAAAGGCAAGAGAAGAAGCCAUUCGAAUCUUAGGCGAUGACAAGUGUGAUGUUUUACCUACUGUUGAACAAACCAAGGAAAUGACUUACAUAAAUCAGAUUAUUAAGGAAACACUUCGUAUCAAUGGACCCGCUACAAGAAUCAUCCCCCGUAUUUCCACUGAAGAUGCCGAAUUUUCGGGCUUGUUUAUCCCCAAAGGAACCCAAGUUACGGUCAAUAUAUUCGCCAUUCAACAUUCGGAAAAGGUUUGGAAAGACGCUCAUAUCUUUAAUCCUGACAGAUUUGAAGAUGGUGGGGAGGCAUCUCAAGUAGAAAGUAUGGCAUGGACUCCUUUCGGAAAUGGUGCAAGACAAUGUAUUGGCAUGAAUUUUAGUAUGAGUGAACAGCGUGUUAUGCUUGCUAUGUUAUUACGCAAAUAUACUUGGAAAACACCUGAAAACUCCAUUCAUAAAGAUGGCCCAAAAGUAUUCGGUCUGGGUAUUCUCAGUCCUCAUAAUUUGGAUAUUGACUUUCAAAAGAGAUAUUAAAACCCUCGUGUCUAGUUAUUAAGGACCCCACUGGUAUUGAUAGGGUUUAUUAAAUAAAACAACCAAAAUCCUUU